AGCUAGCAAUUAUAGUUUGAAUUGUAUAUUAUUUUCUUGUUUUGUCAAGCAUUUCAAAUCUGAAUUAUUUCUAACCUAAUCAAAAUAUGUGUUUUGGCACAUAAUAAUUGCAAUUCUCUCUUAGAAGCACGUUCUGCACCAAAAGCUGUUAAAGAUGACUCGAGCUUUCGUUGCAGCCAAUCUGAAUCGCAAACGCAAAGCAAAUCCACCAUGGUUACUGAUUCACCUUUAGAUACAUUUAUGCUCUUAAGGACUGGUGAAAAAGCAACUAAAGAAGUUUUCAUCAACAAACUACCAGUUGCAAUGGUGCCUCCACGGAGCAUAGUGAAAGCAGCUAAAGUGAAGCCAUCAGUUUUCAAAGAUUGCGCCACUAAUGCUCAUGAACAGUUUGAGAAAGUAACAAAGACUUCUCCAGACCAACUGAAAAUGAAAAACAAGCAGUUUAAUAACCAGGAAGUAGCAAAGAAUGAUUUUAACUUGAAGAAUGUGAAAGAAGGAGGAAAUCCUGCUCCAUCUGAUGAAUCUGUGAAGAAAAACCAGGUUGUUUCUGUUGACUUACCAAGCAACUAUAUAAUUGUUUUAAGAAUUCUUGAAAAAGAUUCCCGUCCUCUUCUCGGCUUUUUAAAGGAAAGGAAAAUUCUUGGGCAUGAUUAUCAGUUUUUCAGUUUGAAACCAGAUAUCACAAGGUUCCUUCUUCGACAGCAAGAGAAAAGACAUGAAAGUUCAGCAAUGAAUGCAAACGAUGCCGAUGUAAUGAAAGGAAUCAUAUGCCUGCAUGCUUUGGUUCUGUCACUUGAUGCCAUCAUUCAUUAUGGCAUACCUGCAGCUGUAGGAGUAUUGAAGCACAUUAGAGAAAAAUACGAAAGUUUUGUUGGUGACUUGUUAGAAUCUGUUAGGAGGCAGUUAGCGAAACAGCAGUAUAAACUUGAUGCAGAUUUCCAGCUGCACCCAAAAGUUGAAAAAAUCACAAAGAUGGUACAAGACCUAACAUCACAGUCAUCUAACCAAAAGAUUAUGAUACUGGUUCGUCGUUACUUUGAGUAUUGUUAUACAUCGCUUGAAGAAAGUCUACGCCUAGUAAAAAAUGUUGUGAUCAGAAGAUAUCCCAAUGAUGUUGCCGAAGAAGGACAUAUUCGCGAGGCUAUCUCUCAAGCUAAUGUCAUCGUGGCUGAGUUGUCUGCCGAGCUUCAAUUUUGCCCUUGGAGUCGAAUCGGUUUUGUAAUUGAAUUUGAGUACAAGGAGGAGUCUGAAUGGUCCAAGUUUUGCUUUGAGAGCAACCCACACAUGCAAGGGUUCAUGUCAUAUGAUUGUACAACCGGGGACUUGUUCGGUUGCAAAGAAAGUGUUACAUGCAUUCAAACAGAUGCAUCUAUUGGGAAAGACAAGCCAAUGAAAUGUUUCAGUGAACACAUCAUUAUUGGCUCUAGAAAGAUAACAGAGAAUAAAAAUCUGCUAUCUGAGAUUGAAAACCGCUUGAAUUUAACAUUGAUAGAGAGAGACUAUUCUCAGUUUUACAAGACUUUUGGGGAAAUGGAAUUCUAUAAGCAGCCUGAUAUCAUUGUCGAUGAACGGACAUCGAUUAUACUGUUGAAUGAACACGAGUUGGAUGGUGAUAAUUUUCACUCCAAGUUAACAAGUCUAAUGUCAUCAAUGAUGCUGAAAUGCUUGAAUUGCUACGUCAUCGCUGUGCUGUUUGCAUCUAAAAAUACACAAUUCCCUUACUUUGCAAUCGAAUCAUUAUCAAGCUUCAAACUGAUUUUCUCGAAAUUCAAGAAAGCCUCAAUGACAAAAUUUCACCUUAUCUAUACGUUUACACACGAAGAAACUGCCAAUUGGAUCUUGAAGAUUUGCAAUGAAGCCAGAGACUCUUCCCCUGUUUGGGGACAAGACGAAUGGGGCAAAAGGUUUUGGCUGACCGAAGAGAUGAGCAUGCACGAAAGAUUCUUGCUUUCUUUUCCGAUGUUCACCUCCUUUACGGCCCAAAUUGCUCUCACUGCUACACCGCUGAAAACUUUACUUAGCUUUACAAUAUCAGAAAUGAAAAAGUCAUUAAAAUGGAUACCUGAGAGAAUAAUCGAGGCAUUUCAUUCAUCGUUAAAUCAAAACAUUUUUGGAGACACAAAUGAUUGCCUAUCGAUUCCUGACAACCUUCCUGGGCCUGUGUGUGAGAGCCAAACAGGAUGGUUUGAAAAGGACCACGAUGAAGGUUCUUCAGCGCAGGGAACAUCUAAUUGUAAACGCACCCGCGAGAAAAGUCUUUCUAUUGAAUAUCAUAACUCAUGCCCACAAGAGGUGGUGUGUAGUGCUGAUGACCUCGAGCAGACAUUUGAACCAAAUAUUUACUACCACGAUCACAUAGAAAACCAGGGACAACAUAAAUUGCAAAGGCAGGUUCGAAAAGACGAAUCUGCUCUGGAUGUGAAUAUCGAUAAGGCUGCUUAUGCCAAUCCACAAAUAGAAUAUAAUACGAUUUGUUAA